CUUGACAGAUGUGUGGAUUGUAAAUUGUAUGAUUACAGAAGUUAAUAAAAUAUUCUUAUAGUGUUAUAUGUGAAGUGUUGUGAUCUUGAAUUAAUUGGAUAAAAUGCCAUCAAAACAGAGGAAAAUUGCAAUGAUGGGUUAUAGAUCUGUUGGUAAAUCAUCUCUGAUUAUACAGUUUGUGGAAGGACAAUUUGUCGAUUCGUAUGAUCCUACUAUAGAAAACACAUUUACCAAGUUCAUCCGGCUCAAUUCAACAGAAUAUGAAGUGAAAUUAGUAGAUACAGCAGGUCAAGAUGAAUACAGCAUUUUUCCGCUUCAGUAUAGUAUGGAUUUUCAUGGAUAUGUUUUGGUUUACUCCAUAACCUCAAGCAAAAGUUUUCAAAUAGUACAAAUAAUAUAUGAUAAGCUAUUGGAUAUGGUAGGAAAAAUACAUGUACCUAUUGUACUUGUUGGCAACAAAACAGAUUUACAUUUGGAAAGAAAGAUUAGUACAGAGGAAGGAAAAAGAUUAGCGGAAAAAUGGAAUGCUGCUUUUGUGGAAACUAGUGCUAAACGAAAUGAGUCUGUAACGGACAUGUUCCACGCAAUGUUGUCUGAGAUAGAAAGAUCAGAUGGACACAUGCCCGAGAAGAAUGGAUGUGUUGUUUCUUAAUGAAAACACUUUGUGGACAAUGUGCUUAUUUAUGCUAAAGUGAAUUAAAUUAUUGAUAGUUUGUGCACAGCUAAUGUAAUAGCAAUAAUUGAUUUUUACCAAGCAACUAUUUCAGAGUUUGCUGCGAAUGCCUCGUGAAUGGGUUGUCUGUACUGACAUGCCUUGCGUCUCAGGUAAUAUUUGUGUAGCAGUCACAAUCUGUACAAGGUGACCACUCCUUUAUAUUUGGAAUUCAUCUUAGUAAUAACUAAACGAUAGUAAUGACUAAAUUUUGUUCUCUUACCUCAUAUAUACUUUACUUUAAUAUUUGUUGGGUUACUUGAUGCAAAAUUGUUAAGAGUAAUUUGCACAAUAUUACAAUAAGAUCUUAUAAUUCAGGUUUCAGUUUCCUAAUAUUUUUAAAAAUAUAUUGUAUCAAAAGAUUCAACAUUUGCAUAUUUUUAUAAAAUACAAGUUCUACAUAGAUUUUUGUAAAACUAUUGGCGAUAAUUAUAUAUUAAUAAACCCUUCUCGACUAAUUAAUUACACUCUUUCAUAGAAAUAAUAAAUUAUAGAAGGGUAACAAUGUAAUGACUACGAUAUAUCUUAUUAAAUCCAUUAAGUUAUAUGUUUUAACUUGGAAUGUAAACUACGACUCAACGAAUCUAACGACAUUUGAAAUUAUUUCAAACGUCCAAAACAAAAUGGACUCCCCAUUUUGUGACGUACAAUAUUCCAAUGGAUUUAGUUAUUUCCAUGUUACCUCGCGUAAUCUUAUAGGAUUUUAAAUAUUAUCGAUUCUUUAUAGUGUUCAAAAGCCAUUACUAUUUUUGUACGUAGGUGAAAUGAAACAUCGCCAAUAUAAUAUCGAUAUCUAUGAGAAAGCAAGCAUUCCCACGUAGUUGCCACACUAAUAAAUAGAUGACAUCGAUUAAAUAAAUAUAGAUGUAAGAUAACUAAGUUUUAAAGAAUUGAUUGAAAUUGUGUGCGAACAAAUACUAUUGUAAUGUUUAUGAAUCUGUGACGGUAAACAUUUUUUUUUGUUAUUUUUAUUUGCACCUGUGCUUAUGAGCGACGGGGGCACAUGUAAUUUUAGCUUGAGUGCAAUUAUUGUUGUUUUAAUGUGGUAACAUUACUGAUAAUGUGUUCAAAUAAACUACGAACGAUUCGCUAUAACUGUCAGAUAGGAAAUUUCAUUCAAAAGCUUGAAUAUCGCUUUACACGUAGAAUUUCGACUUAUUAAAGCUGCGUCUUCAUGAAACGAAAAUUGGCAAAGUUUGUGUCAACGUUAUACUUGACGACUUUUUGAAGAAGUGAAAACAGAAAUGCCACAUAUUCAGUGGAAACGCACCUUUACACGUCUUGCUUAAUAUUUAGCGGGUAGUUAAACAGAUUUACACUAUUUUCUAGAUGUAAUUAGUUUCUAUUUGUAAAGAUUUUGUAGAUGUUACAUUUUUUCUAUUUUAAUAAAAAAAAGCAUUUAGAAACAAUUAGAAUAUAUUUUAGCUUAAAUAGCGGUAGCUUGUUGUGUGUACGGUUAACAGUUUGUACUACAUAGUAAAUUUAAAGUUAACACAUUUGAGCAGCUCCAAAUUAUAGCUAAAUGAACAAGAUUUAUUCAUCAUCAAAGUGUCUUUUGUGUAUUUUUAUUAAAAUCAGAGUUAUGGAAAUGUUGGACAAACUCCUCAUUUAUUUGUGCGUGUAGUAAAUAUAUUGUACCUUACUUUCUUUCAAACAGAAUUCCAAAAAAAUGUAAUAGUUACAUUUUUUGGUUGUAUAUCUUUGUAUAAAUUAUUAUGUUUAGGUUUAUCUUUGAGGAUUAUGGACCAUUUAUUUUGAUGAUUAAUAAUGUUUGUUAUUUUUUUUUCGUUAUAUUUUACAUUUUUGGAAUCAUAUUAGAAUUUUCACCUUUGCCCCAAAUAGCUCUCGAAUGAUAUGUCUAUCUAUAUCUUAUGAUUUGUAAAUAGAUAAUUUGUUUAAAAUCAGAAAACUAACUUCUUUACGACUGCACAGACUAUUAACAAAAGAGGGCUUUUUCUUUUUAUGUAUGUUAAAAUAUAUGUAUGAUGAGGACUAAUUCAUCUUAGACUAUUAUAUUUCUCUAUAUUGUUCAGAUUUUUCUUAUUUGAAACUUUAUUUAUGACUAAUUUAGCGUAAAUUUGUAUGUGUUCCUUUUGUGUUACCCUUAUAAAUAAUGUGUUUAAACGGGUAACACACAUCGUCGCCCCCGUAGACUUGUUGUCAUGAUAUUUUUUCUCGUUUAUUCUAUCAACAGUGUAACGGUCAAUCUAUGGUUAACAAGGUAAGGGUUUUAAAUACAAACAUAAAAGUUUUUUUGUACGUUCAUCAGGAUCGAAGUAAUCUUAUUUGGAUGAGACAAUUACAUAAUAUAUUUUCCAUUUAGUACUUAACGAUCUGAUCACAUUUAGUCACAAAAACAUUUUUUUAGACUAACGUUGUAAAAUAACUUAUUACAACUAGCACCACACAUCGCGAUAUCGACCGCGAUUAGUUCAAAAUAUAUAUGUACUAUCUACGUAGUCCGUUUUUAUUGGAAUUAUUUUGUCCAAUCCCAAAAACGUAUAUGACCAUAUCUAUUUAACUAACCGUCAGAUUCUGAAAUUAUGAGCUGUCAGAUUAUACAAUCUAAUUAAAUACUGUACGCUCAUUGGUCGCCUACUGCGUCAUCAGCCGCUGCUGACCAUUCUCUCAUUCAUCAUUCAGACUACAAUCGAAUUAGUGUGACUGUGAUGAAUGUUUCAGAAGCUGGAGGUUUUCAAUUUAUCUAGCUGUACGUUGAUAGUUGGUUACAACAUUUUACAGGCCUUUUAUAAGUAAAUUAAAACUCAUGUCAUAGGUAACUGAUUUCAAACAGCUUAGCUUUAAAUGGAUACGAAUUUUUUCUCUUCGUUGCUGUAUAUGGUGUUUGACGUAACACUAGCUUAGAAAUAUAGCUUGUAAUUAUGUACAUAAAUUUUAUUUUUAUAUUUUAGUAUGAUACAACAAUCGAUCCACAUUGUUGUUUAUAUGGCACAAUAUAAUUAAUAUACCUAAUUGUUGUUGUAAUAUUCCUAUGCUUACAAGUUCGGAUAUUUUUUUAAAUACCAGGUUCUGUUGAUAUAAAUACAAAUCACCUUUAUUAUGAACGUGUUAGAUACUUUUAUUAAAAUAUUUUAUUUGUAUAAAUAAUAAGUUCAGUCAUAGUUUUAAUUGUAAAAAAAAUGUACGAAUGCAGUGUAAUUAACAGCUUACUUUAUACGCCGAGGUACGUAUUGCUAUCGAUUCCAUAUUUUUUUUUAAAUUAACAUAGUGUGUGAACACUAUUAUAUGUAAUUAGAAUAUCAAUGAAAUUGGGAAUAAAGUAAUGAGUGGAAUAAAAUUAAAGAUAUUGAAUGGUCGAUAGCACCUAAUUAAGGCUAUUCUGAUCAGGGUAUGAUAUAGAGAUGGUUCGACCAGGGUUCGUAAACCGAUGUUCGUAAUGAAUAUCAAUGUGUCCGUUAUUCGAUAUACGUCAACAUAAAUAUCAAUGGAUAUAUUACGUGAUAUAGGUAUACUCGCUGAUAAUCAUCAGCGAAAUCUCGGUUUGACGUAUGUUUACGCUUUUAAAAUUAACUGAUUUGAUAUUGUACUUUACAUUUUAUAUAAAAUGUAUUUAUGUGUGUAAUAAAAUUAUUAACAUUGUCUUAAUGCUGUACUUUACAAAUAUUAAAGACAAGGGGACAUGAUAUAUCAAAGGUAAUCUGAUAUCAAAUAUAUGUAUUUUAAGGUAAUAAAAAUCAUUAAUUAACUUUCUUCGGAGUCCUUUCGUAUAAAGAGGUGUUGGAUUUAUAAAAUAAGUACGUUCAGACAUGUUUUGUGUUGAUGUAUAGACAUAAUCCUUUUAUAUUAAUUGUUUUACAUAUAAUUACAAAUGAAAGGUGUAUACAAAGCAUAAGUAAUGUCCCGCUGUCGGACUAAAGUCUCCUUUUCUUUUAAGGUGACAUUGGUGACAAAUAUGUUUAAAAAGAAUGGUUUUUAAAGCAUUCAUACAAUUCCUCGGCGUAUGUUGUAGACGUUUUGUACAUAAAUGAUUACGUGGUUAAAUUAAAGAGCUAUCAAUAUUA